AUGCGAAACUUGGGGCAAAACUCGGAAUUGCCAUCAAUCUUCAGAAAAGUGACAUCAGCGCGGAUAUUUGCUGAAGCUUUGAACAGAGUUAUUAAGGACAAAAGCUUUUCACAAAACGCCAAAAGAUUGUCGCUGAUGGUGAAGAAGCAGCCUGUGACUCCAGCUCAUCGUGUGGUUGCCUGGGCGGAAUUCGUUGCGGAAUUCAAGACCUUGGAGAAUCUCGUUCCUGCCGGCACGAAGCUCAACUUUAUUCAGUACCACUCACUGGAUGUGAUAGCAUUCUUGUCAGCAGUUGUGAUUUUAGUGCUCUUCAUUUUGUGGAAGUUAUUGAGAUUUGUCGCGUUGAAAGUGUACUUUUUAGCGACUAAGGUUAGAAAGCAAAAGCAAAAUUAG